AUGCUGCCGAAUCAAGUGAUCUCGCAGCAACCCGGCUACGCCCCGCAGUACGCGAACCCCGGCGGCCAGCAGUUCCAAAUGCAGCCGCCGAUAACGACGCAGCCGGGAGUGAUGGUGCAGCCGGCGCCCGGAUCCGUCUGGAUGCCCCUGCCGCCGUCGAUUCAGGGCGUGCCGACGGGUCUCGAGUAUCUGACCUAUCUGGACACGAUCAUGGUGCAUCAGAUCAAGGAGCUCAUCGAGAUUAUCACCGACUGGGAGACCAAGAACAAGUACGUGCUGAAGAACGCGAACGGCGAGCAGGUAGCGUACUCGAACCACACUGUCCUCUUGUCUACAAACGCUCGUUCCAGUGCUAUUAUGCGUUCGAAGAGUCCGGAUGUUGCGAGCGACAGUGUUGUGGCCCGAAUCGCGGAUUCGUCAUGCACGUCGUCGACAAUUUCAAGAGGGUUUGUCUAAAAAUACGAAAAUGGGUUGAAAGCUGGCAGGUGGAAGCGGGUAAUUGGCCGCAAAUUUCACCUGUAAACAGGUGAACUAUAAUUUUUCGAGGCCAAAAACACAAAAAUGUCGAGUGCCGCACCGAAAAUCGAUAACCGCGUAGACCUCCCAGAGUUGAGCGGAAGAACUAAACGGAAAAAUACGGAAUAAUUUUUAUCUUUUUUAGAAAAUUUUUACAUGAAAUGUGAUCAACUGACGAAAUGUAUAGCAAAGUGAACUCUGCUCAUAGAAAAAUAAUUGUAAAUUUAGCUUUUUAUACAAAAAAGUUAAGGGCUGACGGAAGACGGAAGGACAUUUUCACGGAACAACUCGAAUAACUUUUUUGUGUGAAAAGUUAAAUUUACAAUUAUUUUUCUAUGAGCAGAGUUCACUUUGCUAUACAUUUCGUCAGUUGAUCACAUUCCAUGAAAAAAUUUUCGAAAAAGGAUAAAAAUUCUUCCGUGUUCUUCCGUUGAGUUCUUCCGCUCAACUCUGAUACACGGUCUCUUUCUCACAAUUUAAGAGGCUUUCAAAAAUUGUGUCUCAGGAAGUGCUGACGAUCAAGCGUGAGUUCAAGUGCUGGGGCGGCGGCUGCUGCGGAAUGCUCGCGUGCAUAGGCUGUUGCCAGCAAGAGUGCGUCGUCGAGACGCCGUCGAUGGGCGUGAUGGGCUCGAUUCGACAGCGGUGCGGCUUCAUGGCCUCCAAUUUCGACAUUCUCGACCACGACGGCAACCUCAUCUUCCAAAUCGACGGACCGUGCUGCUGCGCGCUCAUCGGCUGCAGCGACAAGGAGUUUCCGGUGAGUUGACACUUGGAUAGCAGUGUUGAGCGGAAGAACACGGAAGAAUUUUUAUCUUUUUUAGAAAAUUUUUUCAUGAAAUGUGAUCAACUGACGAAAUGUAUAGCAAAGUGAACUCUGAUCAUAAAAAAAUAAUUGUAAAUUUAGCGAUUCAUACAAAAAAGUUAAGGGCUAAGGACAUUUUCACGCAACAACUCGAAUAACUUUUUUGUAUGAAUCGCUAAAUUUACAAUUAUUUUUCGAUGAGCAGAGUUCACUUUGCUAGACAUUUCGACAGUUGAUCACAUUUCAUGAAAAAAUUUUCUAAAAAAGAUAAAAAUUAUUCCGUGAGUUCUUCCGUUGAGUUCUUCCGCUCAACUCUGUUGGAUAGUAAAGGUCGUGUCUUUGUAUGAAUAUUGUGAGCUUCUAGGGGAAUGUAUGACUCUAGACAUUGUUUCGUUGAAAACUCGACAUCUAGUACUGGACUUUUGUAGUUGAACACUUUUUUCUGCGACCACCUCCUGGAGUACUGUAGCGCUUGGAAGCAAGCUCAUAAUAUCCAUUAAAUUCCAACAAUUUUCCCAUUUUUCAAUAUUGUAGAUCAAAACGAGCAGCGGUCAAGUCGUGGGAGCGAUCACGAAAAAAUGGGGCGGAUGUUUCCGCGAGGCGUUCACCGACGCGGACACGUUUUCGGUCAACUGUAAGUCUCUACAGUAAUCCACGUACAGUAGCCCCCCCUAUUUGUUGCAGUCCCCGGAGAUUUGGACGUAAAACUGAAAGCCGUCCUUCUCGGCGCCACGUUCCUCAUCGAUUUCAUGGAAUUCGAGCAGAAGAGCCAAAAUCGCAACAACAGCGGUCAGUGAAUUCGGAAGAAUGUUUGCCGACUAACGAUUUGCAGUCUAA